ACUUACCACACUCGCAUCCCUCUCUCUGCACUCCUGUUGCGUCCUCUCUCUAUCUCUCUCUCUCUCUCCUCUCUCCAAACUGAGUGUCUCUCUACCUUCAGCGCUCCAUAAAGACUACUAAAGGCUCAUCUCAAACUUUUGCUCCAGACAAAAAGUUUGACGAUAUUGACUAAUUUUUUCUUACUCUUUUUUUGACUCUGUCUGUGAGUGUUUCAGGCAUCAGUGUGCCCUGUCUCAUUCAUCCUCUCCUCUCCUGACAACUUUCCUCGUCACUCGGACUGACGAGUGCGAAGAAGAAACCGGAGCACGUGACAAUUUCCGGAGCUCGAUUUAUUUAUUAAUUUUCUAUUUAUUUAUUUAUCUACGGUUUUUUUCUCUUGGACCCGACACAAUAUGAAAUUGCUGCUCGACUCCUCCUCAUCGCUCCUCUUCUCGCUGCUAUUGGCCCAGCUGCCGGUGUUCACGUCGGCCUCUCCUGUGCCCGCGCGGCGGCCCUCUGACUUGGAUAAACUAUCCAAUCAGACCAAAAAUCUAAUGAAGCUUACCCAAGAACUGCUGGUAAGGGAGCACGCUUUUGACUCAGAUGUGGAGCCACACAGGUUCAGGUCUCUGCCAGAAAUGAGCAACAGAUCAGCCAGUGACCUCAACAAUCUUGAGCUCAAGCCCACACUCUCUCAGCUGCAUUCUGACCUGAAGCUGUACGAGCACCACUUUGAGUGGCUCAACAAAGUUUCAAAGAAGCACCACCACCCUGCUGUGCCAAAACUGGUGGAGAUGAUCAGAGAAAUGAAAUCUCUCAUCACCCUGCUGCACCGUCAGAUGCUGAGAGUUGAGGCACCCAGGAUAACCCCGGCGACCCCCUCCCUCCCCCCUCACCAACCCUAUCAGUUUGAUGUCCUGCAGUCCAGCCAUGAGCUCCUUCAACACUUCAAGCUCUUCUGUGACUGGGCGUACAGAGCAUUCCUCACCCUCAAGCCCAAAGUCCCUGCAGUACAAUGAUGAUCGUGGCUCAUUCAUCCUUUUUCCUUACAACUGCUCGGAAGCAGAGCCAGUGAGGACACAAAGUCCCGCCUCAGCCAAAGGGGAAUUAGGACCAUGUCAUUGUGCACUGUAGUCAAUAACAUGCCUUAAUCAGCCUGAUCAUCAACCAAUGACAUGUGUGUUGAAGAAUGUGUCUUUCCAUCAGAGCCAAUAAGGAUGCACUACACUGCAGCCAGUUAAAACCAUUACAGCAGACUGCCAGUUUGACUACGAUGAUCACACCAUGUUUCUGCAAACUCUCCUCUAAAGGCCUUGUGUAUGACCAUGUUAUUUAUGUAUUUAUUUAUUUAUUGUUGUUAGUAAUUUAUUUAAUUUUAUUUAUUUGAAGUUGUGAUGUGUCACUCUCUCCUUUUAUCUGUAUUUACGUGAAUUUAUUUGCCCACGUCUCUGUAAUUUUCCUUUUUGUCUUGUGUAUCACUGACCCUCAAGAAAAACACAGUAGCACUUCCUGAACCUAUAGCUCUGAUUAUUUCUUUUUGUGUAAAUGGACUUACUCUACUUUGCAUUUGUGUAUUUCUCUAGUGGAUACUUCCAGUAGAUGUAGCAAACAUUUGAAACUGCCAAGGUUUUCACUAUCUCUUACUUACAGUGUCCUUAAAGCAAACAAAUUAGAAGAUGCAAAUGUUAUCUUCUUAAUAUUUAAAAUGUGCCACAUCUUAAUGAGUAACUGAUGGUAUAUGAUUUUAAUUUGCAUUAACAUUUAUCUGAAAAUUCAAAGAGUAGCCAAAGAGAAGUGAUUACUUUCUGAUGUAACACAGAGUUUCUAUUGUCAAUGCCUGUUUUUUUGCAUUCUGCAUGAGGAGGCGUAUUUAAUGUUGUGGUAAAGUUGAAUGAAUGUGCCCUGUUGCUGAGCACUGAUGGACCUAAUUAGAUUCUUUGCACAAACUUGUUGGGAUUAGCCUCUUAGAUGAGUGAGAUGGCUGAUUUUGAACCUGUGCUUUUGGGUAGAAAAGGUUGUUUUAUUUUAAGUCCAACACCCAAAGCCUUAAAAUACUAUGUAUUGUGACACUAUGUUCUGUACAGGUGUACAUAAGUGUACAAGAAUGUAAAUUGUUGUAUACAGUGCUUUUGUGUAUUAUGUUGUUUUCUACAAUAUAAUAUAGAUUACUUUACCAAUUUUAUCACUAUUAAUUUUUGUUCAUUCCUAUUCUAGUAUUUGUUACAGUAUUGAUUAUUUAUUUAAGUAACUUGGUGGAGCUAUUUAUUUUGUGUUGGUGGAGCAAGACUCCUAUCUUUUGUACUUUUAUACAGUUUUUAUCCUUAUUUACUAUUAUACCAUCAUGUUAAAUUAUUUUUUUUACAUCAAGAUGCCUCUUCCACACACUGAUUGGCCUCAAUGUGAAAUAUGUGCCUUGGUGAAAUAAAUACUACAGAAUGUG